AUGGCAUCUUCAGAUGAUGAAGGUGAAAUGGUUCCAGAGAAUGUAUCAGACUACGAAUUUAUUUCUGGUGAUAAUGAGUCAAUUUCAUUUGCCUCAUUACCGGUGGAGUGGAAUUCAGGCGAGAUGCAUGAAAAAGCAAACGAUCCGAUCUUUUUGUCUGGCAGAACUGAUAAUGGACUUAGGAAAAUUUAUAAGCAGGUUAUUGCUUGGAAGUUCGAUCUUUCAUUUGAUAAGCCUCAGAUCUCAGUAUUGUCAAUAGAGAAUAACUGGAUCACGCUUCUGAAGCCACGGAAACCUUUUGAGGGCAUAAUCAGAACAAUUCUUAUCACAUUGCAACUUCUACACUUUUCAAAGUGGAAUCCUCAGCAAUCACAACAAGCUUUGUGGGAUCAUCUUAAUAGAGCUUUCAGCACGUUCGAUAAAGGGCCUUCUGUGGAUGAUCUGGUAAACCACUUGUCUUUGAUUAAAGAAGUUGUUAAGCGGGAUGACACGUUGGCGAAAUCCAAGAUUGUGAAUACUUUGCUCGAAGAAAAGCGUUCAAAGAGCAAAAUUAUAAAUGAGAUUGUGAAGCCUCCUUUUAUAAAUGAUAAUUUGGAGGGAUAUGACAAGACUGAUGAAAAUGGGGAUGGCGAUAAUCAGGAAGGUUUCGACGAUCCUGAUGACAGUGGAGAUGAUGAUAAGGAUGAUUGUUUUGACUCUGUUUGUGCCAUUUGUGAUAAUGGUGGUAACAUAUAUAUCUGCGACGGCAAGUGUAUGAGGGCGUUCCAUGCAACUGUUGAAGCUGGUGAAGAGUCAGAAUGUGAAUCUUUGGGUUUUACUGAGGAAGAACUCGAAGCGAUUAAAGAUGUUCCGUUUAUUUGUAAGAAUUGUGAAUAUAAGCAGCAUCAGUGCUUUGCUUGCGGGAAAAUGGGGUCUUCUGAUGAGUCUUCUAGUCCCGAGGUUUUCUGUUGUGUUAAUGGAGCUUGUGGGUACUUCUAUCAUCCUCAUUGUGUUGCAAAACUUCUUCAUCCUGGGAAUGAGGCAGCAGCAGAGGAGCAAAAGCAAAAGAUUGCUGCGGGUGAAAAGUUUGUCUGCCCUGCUCACAAGUGUCAUGUAUGUAAAGAAUUAGAAGUGAGGGAUAUUUAUGAGUUGCAAUUCGCUGUUUGCCGCCGUUGUCCGCAUGUAUACCAUAGAAAAUGUUUGCCAAGGGGAAUUGAACUGGAAGAUCGAGGAAUUGUACAAAGGGCUUGGGAUGGAUUGAUUAAAAACCGUUUACUAAUUUACUGCUUAGAUCAUGAGAUCGAUCUGGAGCUUUCUACCCCUGUCAGAGACCAUAUCCAAUUUCCAGGUCCCCAGCGCAAGAAAAUGAACAAGGUACCAGUGGAAUGUAGUAUUAAGAAGACUCAAAUGAAGAAAGGAAGUCUUGGUUUCGAAAAUACUUCAGGGAAGGUAAUACCUGCGAAACCACUAAACAAAGUAUUCAAGGUGUCUUCCGGUUCAAAGCAAGCUGGUAUAUUUAGAAGAAGAGCGGAGGAACCGCUUGCUGGAAGAACUAUCAAAAUGCAAAAAGCUACAAAUAAGAAUGAUGUGGGGAAGCUGAAGGGACAUAUGAUUAAUGAAAGGGAGAUGUCUCUAGGAAACAAGUUAUAUUCAACCUUUUAUGCAAUGGAUUCUGAAAUAGACAAAUUCAGUGAAGGGGGUGGUGUUCAUGGUGGAGUUGCGAAAACUCAGGCUAAGCCUGCAGCCAGGAGAAUCGAUAAUCCUUUCACUAUUGACACUGAUACCAAAAAAAGAAUAUUUAAAUUGAUGAAGGAUGCUUCAUCGUCAUUGACGCUUGAACAAGUUAAAGAAAAGUAUAAAUCACCAUCAACACAUACUCACAUUUCAAAUUUUUCUGUGGACAAUGUUACAUUGGGAAAGGUGGAGGGUUCUAUUCAGUCUUUACAUGCUGCAUUGAAAACAUUAGAAGGAGGAGGCAGUAUUCAGGAUGCCAGAAUGAUUUGUGGGAAUAAUCUUCUCGUCCAGAUGUCGAGAUGGAAGGAUAAGUUGAAAGUGUAUCUUGCUCCAUUUUUAUAUGGCAUGCGCUAUACAUCAUUUGGUCGCCAUUUCACUAAAUUGGAUAAACUAAAAGAGAUAGCUGAUAUGCUCCAUUCCUAUGUUCAAGAUGGGGACAUGCUUGUUGAUUUUUGUUGCGGUUCAAAUGAUUUCAGCUGCGUUAUGAAAAAGAAACUUGACGAAAUGGGGAAGAACUGCUCAUUCAAAAACUACGACAUCCUACAGCCAAAGAAUGAUUUUAAUUUUGAGCAAAGAGACUGGAUGCAAGUGAGACCAGAUGAGUUGCCAAAUGGGUCGCAGCUGAUUAUGGGCCUGAACCCACCUUUUGGAGUCAAUGCAUCGCUUGCCAACAAAUUUAUUAAUAAAGCUCUCGAGUUCAAACCGAAGUUACUAAUCCUCAUUGUUCCAAGAGAGACUGAGCGGUUAGAUGCAAAGGACUGUCGGUAUAACCUGAUUUGGGAGGAUGAUCAGAUGUUUGCUGGCAGGGCAUUUUAUCUGCCUGGAUCUGUCGAUGUAAAUGACAAACAAAUUGAGGACUGGAACGUGAAUGCACCUGUUCUUUAUCUCUGGAGUCAUCCAAGUUGGACCUCCAAGCACAAGGCCAUUGCCGAGCAGCAUGGGCACUCGUCCGGUGGCCAAAGAAAUCUCAAGUUGGAGGAGAAUCAUAAAUAUAUUCAAGUCCCUAGUUCUACCAUGGAACUUCGUGAUCUUGACAAGUCUCUUGUGAUUAAAGCUGAAGCUCCAGUUAAUAAUCCCGACAAUAUUGGACCGGCAGAGAAGGUAAUGGCAAGCAACCAGGAGGAUGCACCAGUUGAUAGAACAUUAGACAAGAAUAACCGGGAGCGAGGAGGUAAAAACAAAAGGAAAAAUCGUCCAGAUAGCAUGUCCGGGGAGGACGUGAACACCAGAAAACGUCCCGUCUCUCGCCACGUGUCGCCAAAUUUGGCCAAUCGUAGAUCACUCGAAAGAAGUUCACCGAAACUUCCUGAAUAUCCACAGCAAGUUCACUCCGGAAGGCAUCGUCAUCAGCAGCAGUUGGAACUACAGACAAAUUUCCCUACUUACCAUCAGCCUUAUCCUCAGGAUGCUACUGUGUACAACGGUAACGAAACAUUGGACGAUGUGGUGAGGAGGUACAACUUGAGCAGUGUCGAGGGACCACAUCGUCAGACAUACUCGACUGGCGCUGGCCCCAGCCCGAGCCACAGCCCCAGACCCGAUUAUGGUUAUCCUUAUGGGUCUCGAUACAUGGGGAACAUGAAUGAGGAGCACAAUUUGUUGGGUCAAAGGGGCUCUUUUCGUCCGUCAUCCUAUGCGGGCCCCGAGUACACGUCUGCUUUCGGGCAGGAGAAUCCAGCUCGCAAUCCUACAUCUGCAAUGCAGAGGUACGCAUCUCGUCUGGACGAGAUGAAUCACGGUCAGGCGACGGGCGGUAGCGGAAUGUAUCAUCCUCGUGGUGCAAGGCCCGCAUCGUCCCAACCAGGAUCAUUGGGUUUUGCGCCUGGCCCAUACCGCUCGUAUUCUCAGCAGAGAAACUCGGGAUGGCUUGAUGAGUAG